AAAGCAGAAGUAAAAUGAACUUGCGACAUCGAUCGAAAGUUGUAACUACUUUCAUGGCGGCCUGAGCAAGUAAAAUCAAGAUGACGGAGCAACACACCAAUAACUGCAUCACAGUUUCAUCGCUAUUUUCAGUGUCUCUUUUGUCGGUGAUCAAACAGUUGCCAUGUUUUCUAUCUCAACUUGACAACCUUCCAAUCAACGUCAAAGAUAAUCUCCUUCAUCUGAUGUCCAAGAGAGGUCUACUUACAGACACCAAUGUUGCAAAGGUUAUCCACAAAAGGACGAGGAUCCUUGAUCUGAGCGAGUCAUCUGUGAGUGACAGGGCUCUCCUGAGACUAGGAGUCUGUAGAAACCUGUGGAAGAUUGAUCUCAAUACAUCCAAAGGAGAGAGGACUGACAUUACAGAUCAAGGGAUCCAAGCCUUGGCUACAUCCUGCCCAUAUCUGAGUAUUGUUUAUCUGCGUCGGUGUGUUAGCCUUGAAGACCCGUCUACCAUAGCCUUAGCUCAGUCUUGCCAUCAGCUCAUGGAACUCAACCUGGGAGGCUGUAUCAGACUGUCUGAUGCCUCGCUACAAGCUAUUGGGCAGAACUGCAGAAUGCUGAAGAGUUUGAAUAUCUCCAGAACUAAGGUAACUGACGAGGGUAUAUUCAGCCUGUGUAACGGUGUAUGUAAACAAUCAUUGAAAGAGCUUCACCUGAAUAAUUGCAUCCAUCUAUCAGAUGAAGCCGUCGAGGCAGUGGUCAACUUCUGCCCCAAGAUUGCUAUCCUUCUCUUCCAUGGAUGCCCAUGUAUUACAGAUAGGUCAAGACAAGCCUUAGAGAUGAUACAAGGACCUGGAUCCAAGAUGAAACAGGUCACAUGGACCAUCUACUGAUCUCAUCAUGUGAUUAGUCAUGUGACUCAUCAUGUGACUGGCUUUAAGGUGAAACUAGUCACUUGGACUCUCUACUGAUCUCAUCAUGUGAUUAGUCAUGUGACUCGUCAUGUGACUGGCUUUAAGAUGAACUAGUGACGUGGACCGUCUGCUGAUGUCGUUGUCAUGUGACUUGUCAUGUGACUGGAUUUAAGAUGAAAUAGGUCACAUGGACCGUCGUGGGAUCUCACUGUCAUGUGACUUGCCAUGUGACUUGCUUUAGAUAAUGAUUCACGGAACUCUAGAAUGUCCAAGUUAUACGGACCAUUUACCAAUCUCAGAUUGGAUUAUGAUAUGUUGCAGAUGAUGCUUGUAAAUCCAGGAGACCUACACCUUGAUCCUAUCUGUGGGACUAGGUUAAUUAGUAUAAGAGUCAUACCCAAUGGCCCUAGCAGACUAUUACUGACAAUCUGUUAUGUGUAAACCUUCUUCCAUGGUUAUCACAGAUUAUCCCAUUGAAUGCUGACAGUAUCCAAGAUGAAACAUUCUUACUUUUGUACAUUUUAUUUGUGUUCCGUACUAACCUUGAUGUUUUGUUGUGAGACUUGCCAUAUUCUACUUACCGGUAAAUGUAAAAACUUCAUAUUUUGAGUUUUGACAUAUUGCUGCUUUAUUUUGUUUUAUUUGUGCGUGUGAGUGUGCUAUAUUGUAAAAUACAACUUUGGGGAUUAAAGAACACAGUUUUUGAACUCCAGAGGUUGGCAGCUCUGCUGACUGAGUGCUGACAGUAUCCAAGAUGAAAUAUGCUUACUUUUGUACGUUAUAUUAGUGCCCGUACUAACCUUGAUGUUUUGUUGUGAGACUUGCAAUACUUUGAGUUUUGACAUGUUGCUGCUUUAAUUUUUUAAUUUUGUUAUUUGUGUGUGUGAGUGCGCUAUAUUGAUAUAUUUUAAGUUUCAUGGUUUGAUUCUGAGCUGUUUCUUUUUGAUGGACCUUGCUUGCGACCCAAAUAGUAGUGUUCCACCAAUAAUUGUAUGUGCUGGCCAGUUCAUGUACCAGGCCAUUGAUUUUAUCAAUGAAUUAUAAGAUGGAAUAAGGUUACUAUUAAUAAUAAUAAUAAUAAUAGAGUAUAUUUAUGA